AUGGAGCGAACAACUUUAGUCGCAAAUACAUCAAAUAUGCCUUUUGCUGCUCAUAUUACUUUAUCGAAAUAUUUUCGUGAUGUGGGUUAUAAUAUUGCUAUGAUGGCUGAUUCAACAUCACGUUGGCCUGAUGCUUUACAUGAAAUUUCUGGUCGUUUAGCUGAAAUGCCUGCUGGUACUCGUUUAGUUUCAUUUUAUGAAUGUGCUGGUCGUGUUCGAUGUUUGGAUAAUCCAGAACAUAAAAAAUUAGCACAACGUAAACAUUUUCCAUCGGUUAAUUGGCUUAUUUCAUAUAGUAAAUAUACACGUGUUCUUGAUGAUUAUUAUGAUAAAAAUUUUCUGGAAUUUGUACCAUUACGUGCUAAAUGUAAAGAAAUUUUACAAAAAGAAGAUCCUUCGGAUAUAGUACAACUUGUUGGUAAAGCAUCAUUAGUUGAAACAGAUAAAAUAACUCUUGAAGUAUCACGAAUGAUAAAAGAUGAUUUUCUUCAACAAAAUGGUUAUUCAUCAUAUGAUAAACAUGUGUUGCAAUGCUUCUUUUUUAUGUNAUUAAUGACAAAUGUUAGUCGUGUUGGUGGAAGUUUAUUAAAAUUUAUUCAUGCUAUUGAUAAUUAUAUGGAUAUAUAUCGUGAAACAAAACCUAAAAAGGAUCGUUUAUCAUUUAUUGAAAAUGAUUAUGAAAAUAAUCUUGCUGAAUUAAAUCGUCUUGAACUAAGUAUUGAAAAAUUAACAAAUAUAUGA